GGCAUGGCAGAGCUGGUUGGGGGUGCUAUCGUAGGAACGGCGUUUGCAGAAUUAUGGAAUGUGGUGAAGGAAGCCAAGGAUCGUAUUAAAGGCUUCGAAGAGACAUUGCAUGACCUGAAUGAUACACUCCUAGAUCUAGCUUCCAUGGUGAAAGGUAUCAAACAAGUAAACAUAAAGCUGAAGCGAAGGGAUCAGCGUGAAGUAGAACGCUUACAAUCAAUCAUGAAGAAAGGCGCGGACCUGGUUUUCAAGUGCGAUCGCUUAGGAAAAUGGGACUUCAUCAACAAGUUUAUUUACCAGAAGAAGCUGACAGAGCUGGACAACAAGAUCACCAGGUUCAUCACUAAACAUAUCCAGUUAGGCACAUUUCUUGAGGUCAACCUUCUACAUGAGAAAGUCAACCAUCUUGCUGAUCAGAUUCAAACCCUAACAUCUGCAACUACUACGACUCGAUGUGUUAGAGCUUCCACUACAAGUUCAUUCGAAGACUUCAUUGAUCCCUUGGAUGAUGACGAAGAUGAUGAUUUCAGAGUACCAAGAUGUCGCAGAGCUGCCCUGGCCUUAGCUUUUUUAGUUCUGAGACUUCGCAUACCUGCACUUAUUUUGUUGGCCUUUCUCCUUAUAGUUAUCGGGGUCGGAACAGUGAAAGUCGUUUUUGUCACAGCGUUUCUACUUAUAGUAAUUACCAGAGCUGCAACAAAGAAGGCCAUUUUUGCCACAGCUGCACUCGUUGGCGAUGGUGUUUCGUCUGUGCUUGAAAAUUAUUCUGACAGUGGUGUGGUGAUGGUCAUAAACGACGUUGGUAGGCUCGAAACGACAAUUGAACAACUGGAAGCUACUAUGGAAUCACUAGUUCCGGUGCUGGAGGAGAUAGGAUCAUCAGAUCUAAGUGAAUCUGCAGAAAGCUUAAGAAGAAUGAUGGAAGAGGGUAAGAAGCUGGUUGUCGAGAGCUCCGCUUAUAUAGGAUCGUGGAACAUUCUUAAAAACAGCAAGUACCAGAAAAAGAUGGUGGAAUUGGACCACAAACUCUUGAAGUUCCAAAGCCUUCACCUGCAAACUCGCUUGGAAACUAAUCAGGAUCCGCAUGGCCAUGUGAUGGAAGGGAGCUAGGCAUAUGGAUACAAAAAAUAUGAAUUCACACAUCAUCAUGCUGAACAAUUAUAAGACUCUUCUCAGUUUUAAAACUACAAUCGCCCAAUUUCAGGUUCAUUUUAUUGGAUUGGGAAGCUCAGACAAAAAGCUAGCAACAACUUUCAUGUUUUUAUUUUUUUUAAUAUUACUAUUAAAUCAUCAUUAUUGAAAUUGGGCUCAAAUUGUAUGCACUUGCACUGUUGACCUGCUGGAGUAACCUUUGACUUCAAUUAUUGAGCAUAAUUGUUGUGUAUUUGGAGCUAGCAUUGCAUUGAAUAUUUUGGUGUUCUGUGUUCGGCCAUGUGUCGUUAUUCUUUUUCCCCCCAAGAUUAG